AUAAAACAUUUCUCGUGAUCCGCACGGAGACACAAAAUUCCCAUAGGUCUUGUUACAAUACUCGCGGAGCGGACGACUGCCACAAAGGAGAGCAGGAGCAACAUUCUACCCUGCCCAACCGUCAAGAUCUGAAUGCUUUGCACGUUCAACCUGUGCUAAAGCCUUCGUGGCAAGCGGUGAUCUUGCACGCCAAGGUAGGUUAUAGGAAUAGUGCCAGAACUGCGCGGGCGCUGCAAAACAAGAACACUGACGAGAUAAUGAGCACGGAUCCAGAAUCAUGGGGGAAAAUCGCGAUUUCCGACUCCCUUCGAAGGGCAGGGCAUGGCCUUACUACACAACUACAAGCUUCGACAGUCGAGAGUCAAGACCUACAAGCCCACACAAUGUGUCAUCGCCAAAUUGGGGCAACCAGCAGUCUUUCCUAGCUGUUCCAGUUGCACGUGUCCGAGGCGCUAGCAUUGGUUCCGAGGUUGAGACUAUCACCGGUCCAGAUGCAAUCAACAGGAGUCAUAAUGAACGGAAAAUUCUGUCGGAUGACGACGCGAUCAGACCGGAUCCUGGUACGGAUGCAGACUUUGCGUGCGAGAACAAUCCCUUCACGUUCACCCCUGGGCGGUUAUGGAAGCCCCUGAAACCCAAAAGCCUAGGCGCCUAUCAUUCUCCUGGCAGUCUUGCCGGAGUUGAGAAGAAUCUGCGAAAGGUUCCAGGAACGGGUCCAAGCCAUGACGAGCAGCGGUCUCAAGGGCAAGUCAGCUUCGACGACGUCUUCUACAACGAUACUCCGUCGAGUCUUCACAUGACUACAGAGGAGCUAUCGGCCGAUCUCAAGAAGAUAUAUGGUAAUUUAGCCAACAUCGAAGCCAAAUGCAUUACUUUAGAUGCCGCACAAGCAGUCGAAAAAAGAUCGCCACUAAGCAACGAGCAAUGGCACGCUCUGAUUGCUCUUCACCGCACGUUUUUGUACGAUCACCAUGACUAUGUCAAGGCUACUCGGUAUAAUGACGCGGCCAGAAAUUGGCGCGAGCGACCGCUUGAUUUCUCCGAGUCUUCAAAGUAUGAAAGGACAGAACGCAUUGCUCAAGGAAGUAUUGCCUCUUCUUCAGUCGAGGCAUUCGUUGAUACGUGCGCUGGUAACUUUGUCAGUGCAUCAUAUCUCCACAAUCGACGCAUCCCUUUCGAUAGCAAACAUCACACUAAAAUCAGACGAGCAGACGAUUCCAGCUUCUCAACACUCGGACGCGUCGAAUUACCAUGGAGGUUCCGCAACGACAAGGAAGUCCACAAGCUGAUUUUCGAUGUUGUGCCUGACUCUCACACCGGCGCCUACCCCUUGGUACUAGGCGGCAAGUUUAUGCAUAUGACCAAGACGCUGUCUCAUUUCGCCCAUCGCAUCAUCUCGAAAACCCGUGACCUCCGCUUCCCGCGAGUUAUGUAUCAAGGCGCGUCGCAGCUACGAAUGAUGGGCUAUUGUGAUGGCAUAAAGGUCGCCACGCUACCGGACACUGGGUCGGACGCCGACCUCGUCUCGCCAUUAAUGGCAGAGGAGCUGCGCUGUGCCGGGGCCGAAGUUCUGAUGGGUCCGGAGCACUCCAUUGCGCUUGAGCUUCCGGGCGGCAUCGUCACACGGACUCUUGGCGUGGUGAGGAACGUUGACUUUCGCUUCGGCGAUGGCCGCCUCACAGAUCGAUACAUACGCGACUUCCACAUCUUAUCCGGUCUUCCAGCUGGUGUUCUCCUCAGUGAUGACCUUUUGAGCGAGGCCAAUGCCUUUCAGAGGUAUCACGAGCACAUGAUCGAGGUCGACACCGGCGAAGCAGACUUCGACAUGGAUGGGUUGUUUCUUAACAUUAGGUACAUCUACGACAAUCCCGGAUUGUUAGGCAAGACCAAAGCCUUCUUGGGAAGACUCAGGAAGAGAGGUGAGUUCUCCUGCCCGCGCUAUAUCCCCGACAGAAAGAAUGACCGAUGAUCAGCGCCAGGGAAACAGACAGACGAAACAACAGAGGAUUCCUCAAAGCACAAUCAUUGGUGCGAGCAUCAGAUCGAGAUUCUCAAUGAGAUCGAGGCUGUGUUGAAGAACUCCUCGCUGAGUCAAGCCGAGAAGGACAUGGCAAUCCAUCGACUUGAAGCUCUACAUCGAAAGCAAAUUGCCAAGACGAAAGCAGACAGUGCAUCGAGCACUCGAUCUCAGUGA